CACAUUUACAAAUAUUUAACUGAGCAUCUAUUUCAUUCUAAAGAACUAAUGUUGAAUAAAACCAGCCAGAAUGUCCGCCUUCAUUGAGCUGACAGUCCCCUUGGAGGGUUUAACUCUACAUACAACUCUUUUUUUCUUUUCUUUUCUUUUUUUUUGAGAUGGAGUCUCGCUGUGUUGCCCAGGCUAGAGUGCAGUGGCUUGAUCUUGGCUCACUGCAACCUUCAUCUCCCAGGUUCAAGCGAUUCUCGUGCCUCAGCGUCCCAAGUAGCUGGAACUACAGAUGUGCACACCACACCCAGCUAAUUUUUGUAUUUUUAGUAGAGACGGGGUUUCGCCAACUUGGCCAAGCUGGUCUUGACCUCCUGACCUCAGGUGAUCCAUCUGCCUUGGCCUCCCAAUGUGCUGGGAUUACAGGCGUGAGCCACCGCGCCUGGCCUGUACAUACAACUCUUAAAAUGCUGCCCUGACCCUGGGACUCACUUUCAAAGAUGUCCACAUUCCCUAGGCCAGGACCCCAUUUGUCCCAUACCCUUCCUGGCAGUCCUGUCCCUGCUGCAUCGCCCUCCAGCUACACCAGCUUUCUUUGGGUCCCUGGACCACACCCGAUACCUUCCUGCCCAGGAGUGUUAUCUCUGUCCUGGCUGUUGCUCAACCUUUAAUGGUCCCUACCACCAAGGCCAUCUGCUCAGUUGACAUACCCACCCCAACUGUAAUUAAAUCAUCCCCUGUGUCUCCUCACUAGACAGCUCCACAUAAGCACAGCUGGUCCUUUUAGGACUGUGUCCCCAGCACCUCCCACAAAGGAGGAUCUGGUUCAUCAGGAUGGGUUGGAUGAACAGCCCAUUUUACAGAUGAACAAACUGGGGCACAGGGUGGUGGGGGGUUUUGGCUGCACUGCACACCUGUCCUGUCUUUGUCCUCCUCCCUGGGGAAUGAGCUUGGAGCACCCCUCUAGGAACUGGGGUGCCAGCCUCUUCCCUUGACCAUCUUGGUCCUUGUCAUUUGGGCCCCAGUACCAGGGGUGGCUUUAAUUUGGCUGCCUAGGGAGGUGGUUCAGGGCUGCCAGGACCCCAGAAGUAGGCUCUCUGGGCUCUGUCCUUUGCCCCCCAACACGGUGCUUGUUUCUCCUGCGUCUUCAUACAGAGGGGCCAGCUCCUGGCCCAUUCAGCUCUGAGUUUGAGUUCCUAGGAGGAGAUUUUUGCUGCCUUGUAACUGGGAUUCCUAGAUCCAGCCUCCACCCUCUGUUUGUCCUAAGGAUGUUUUGGGAUUUUGUUUUGUUUUGUUUUGUUUGUGUUUUUGUAGGAUGGUGGCAGUGAUUUUGAGGAGGGGAAGAGGAAGGAGGAUACAAGCAAGGGAAGUCACAGGCUGUAGUGCCUAGACAGACCCUGGUUUGAAUCUCGGCCUUACCACUUCUGGCAUCCGCCGCCAUGGCCCAGACACUGCAGAUGGAGAUCCCGAACUUUGGCAACAGCAUCCUGGAGUGCCUCAAUGAGCAGCGGCUACAGGGCCUGUACUGUGACGUGUCGGUGGUGGUCAAGGGCCAUGCCUUCAAGGCCCACCGGGCUGUGCUGGCUGCCAGCAGCUCCUACUUCCGGGACCUGUUCAACAACAGCCGCAGCGCCGUGGUGGAGCUGCCGGCGGCCGUGCAACCCCAGUCUUUCCAGCAGAUCCUCAGCUUCUGCUACACGGGCCGGCUGAGCAUGAACGUGGGUGACCAGUUCCUGCUCAUGUACACGGCUGGCUUCCUGCAGAUCCAGGAGAUCAUGGAGAAGGGCACCGAGUUCUUCCUCAAGGUGAGCUCCCCAAGCUGCGACUCCCAGGGCCUGCACGCAGAGGAGGCCCCAUCGUCGGAGCCCCAGAGCCCCGUGGCGCAGACGUCGGGCUGGCCAGCCUGUAGCACUCCACUGCCCCUCGUGUCACGGGUGAAGACAGAGCAGCAGGAGUCGGACUCUGUGCAGUGCAUGCCUGUGGCCAAGCGGCUGUGGGACAGUGGCCAGAAGGAGGCUGGGGGCAGCAGCAACGGCAGCCGCAAAAUGGCCAAGUUCUCCACGCCGGACCUGGCUGCCAACCGGCCUCACCAGCCCCCGCCACCCCAACAGGCUCCGGUGGUGGCAGCAGCCCAGCCCGCCGUGGCCACGGGAGCAGGGCAGCCGGCCAGUGGGGUGGCGGCAGCAGGGGGCGUAGUGAGUGGGCCCAGCACGUCAGAGCGGACCAGCCCGGGCACCUCGAGCGCCUACACCAGCGACAGCCCUGGCUCCUACCACAAUGAGGAGGACGAGGAGGAGGACGGCGGCGAGGAGGGCAUGGAUGAGCAGUACCGGCAGAUCUGCAACAUGUACACCAUGUACAGCAUGAUGAACGUCGGCCAGACAGCCGAGAAAGUGGAGGCCCUCCCGGAGCAGGUGGCCCCCGAGUCCCGGAAUCGUAUCCGGGUUCGGCAAGACCUGGCGUCUCUCCCGGCUGAGCUUAUCAACCAGAUUGGGAACCGCUGCCACCCCAAGCUCUACGACGAGGGCGACCCCUCUGAGAAGCUGGAGCUGGUGACAGGCACCAACGUAUACAUCACAAGGGCGCAGCUGAUGAACUGCCACGUCAGCGCAGGCACACGGCACAAGGUUCUCCUGCGGCGGCUCCUGGCCUCCUUCUUUGACCGGAACACACUGGCCAACAGCUGUGGCACCGGCAUCCGCUCUUCUACCAACGAUCCCCGCCGGAAGCCCCUGGACAGCCGCGUGCUCCAUGCUGUCAAGUACUACUGCCAGAACUUUGCCCCUAACUUCAAGGAGAGCGAGAUGAAUGCCAUCGCGGCCGACAUGUGCACCAAUGCCCGCCGCGUCGUGCGCAAGAGCUGGAUGCCCAAGGUCAAGGUGCUCAAGGCUGAGGAUGACGCCUACACCACCUUCAUCAGUGAAACGGGCAAGAUCGAGCCGGACAUGAUGGGCGUGGAGCAUGGCUUCGAGACCGCCAGCCACGAGGGAGAGGCGGGUCCCUCAGCCGAGGCCCUGCAGUAACCCGCCCCGCCUCCUGCGGGGCCUCACGCUCCCCCUCCCAACACACACACACCCGCCAUCUUGGUCAUGAGCUACUGUCUGUCCCUCCCCAGGACCCGCGGUGGGUGCUGCAUGUUCCCGGCCCUCUGCCCCUCCUGUCCCACCCCCUUCCCCCACCAAGAGCUGGGCCGGGAGAGGACUGCAGGGCAGGUGGCGUGAGGUCCGUGUUGCCUUCUUUAACACACACUCGUGCAGUGGGGGAGUUCUGGCUCCCCAACCUAACCCCUAGCCGUCAUCUCCACACUCACCAGGCCCGCCAGGGGAGGGGGCUGGCCUGGGGGUCUCGGGAAGGCCCCCUCCCCAGGCCCUGGGCCACCUCGCGGAAGCCUUCAGCCUCCGCCCCUCACUGCAGCCCCUUGGGACUUGAGGGGGCCCCAGGGGUUCUCAGGACCCCUCCCACCACCUCCCAGUGCUUCCACGUCUCCAAAAGCGCCUUCCUGUCACCCUCGUCUGUCCCUGCGCCUGGGGGCUGGGGUAGGCGAGGCCAUGGGGACUACCCAUUUUACAGCUGGGGAAAUUGAGGCUCCGAGAAAUUGCACAACCGACCUAAGGUGGCCGGCAGUGGUGUGCCCGGUGCCCUUUCUCCUCUUUUCCGCCUCUGUUGCCCCCAUUGGUCCUCUGGGGCCUCAGAGAGGCAGGUCCUAAAGGAGGGGGGGUCUCUUGGGGGCAGAUCAAGGGUCUCGGAGGAUAGAAUGAGAGGUUUCCAGGGCUGGCAGAGCGUGUGCGUGUGUGUGUGUGUGCAAAAGUUUUGCUUUCAAACAAAUGAAGAUACAAGAGGCAGUAGGACCUGGGUUGGAACCCAGGGGAGCAGACUGGGGGGCUGCUGCCCCUCCCUCCAUCUCCCCACCCCCACCCAACCCCACGGCAGGGCUCCUGGCCCCCACCCCCUGUACAUAAUUUUUAAAACAUUUUUUUAGCGAAUGAAAUAUUGAAGUAUAAGAUUCCUUUUAUUUUUCAAACCAAUGGGGCUGUGUCUGUUGUCCUCCUCGGUCCCCAGGGGUGGGGGGUACCGUGGAAGGCAGGAUGGUGUCGGGGGACUUGGGGGCAGCCUGAAUGUGUGUGUGUGUGUGUGUGUGUGUGUGUGUCUGGGGUGUGGGUGUGUGUUUCCAUGGUAGGACUCCAGUCCCAGCUGCUGCCUAGGCUCCUGUGGGUCCCGCCGGGUUCCCCCUCCCCUGUCCACCUUCCCCAACAGGGCUAUAGUUUAAGGGUGUCCCAGGCCUUGGCUGGUUGACUGGGCCCAGCUCCUGGCGGCUGGGCUGGGCAGGGCAGGGCAGGGCAGGGCAGGGCAGGGCAGGGCAGGGCCGGGUCGGGUCCACUUCCAUUGUUAGCAGUUGUUUGCAGAAUUUUCUCUUUUACCAUUCCUCUCUUUUUGUUCUCACCCAGAGUGGGUGGUUUUUUGUUGUUGUUUUAGAUUUUUAUGUGAAGGCAGAGAGUUUGUUUUUUUUUUAAACUCCCCAUCCCCCUACGCGGGGUGUCAUUUCACCAUCCACAUCCUUGUUUGUGUUUCUGGCCCUCGUCCUCCCUGCCUCUCCUCUGCCUCCCCAACCCCUGCCUACCCACUGCUCCCAGGGGUCUCUCCAGGGGCAGGGGCAUUUCAGGAGAUGGAGUGGGGGCCAGCCCCGACUGGACCCUUGGAAUCUGAUUCGGAGACCAUCCCCCUGAUGGGACCAGCAGCCCCACCGGCCUACUGGGGGUCCCUCUUAACAUCUGCUUGUUGCGGGGGUCAGUCAUGAGUGCCAGGGUCUGGCUGGGGUCUUGGCACUGUCUUCCUGGCUGGGGCUUGGCACCUUAGCCCCCAGCCGGUCUGAGUGGGGGAUGUUGACACCCCCAGCUAAAGCACAAGCACCUUAGUCGCCCCUCCUCUCCCCCCGCCUCCUGGCCUGCCACCCCACCCCAGCGUUUACCCCAAAGCACAAUGCCCUGGUCACUUGGCAAGCAGCUGGGCCUGACGGAGGCCGAGGGGCAGACCGGGGCUCCAGCCAGACCCCCGAAAGGAAGCUCCCCCACUUCCAGGCCUUAGUUGGGGUGGGGGGGCAGCUUCUGGGCCUGGGGUCUUCUCUCCCCCACCCCCUUGUCCUGGGUAGGCCCCUGCCUGCCCCUCUCUGCCUUUUCCUUGGGUGUCCCUCUUCGAGCCCCUGUGGCACUGGCUUGGGUGGCAGAGCCCACUUGUUUCAGGGACCCCAGGAGGUGCCCCCUGGCUCCCGGGACUGUGUGUGGGUCUGGGGGAUGGGGGGGAAGAAGGGUGGGGCAGCGGGUGCAGGGGAGGAAACUCCUCACCAGGAGAGCCAAAGACAGGGUUGUGCCUUACCCCAGGAGCCACCCCUGUGCCCCCCUUGCCCUGCCAUUCACCCUCCACCCCUCCCCCCGGGCGGCCUGCUGCUUUUUCCUUCUCUUCCUCCCCUGUCCUGCCCUGAGCUGCAUGGUUCCCCCACCCUGGGCAGCCAGGAAGGAAUCUGAAUGGAGAAUCACCAACCACCAGAGAAAAAAGACUGUGGGGCCCUCCCCUGCCAACUCCCCUUCCCUGGCCGCCCACUCACCCACACCUCUUUCACGUAGGACAGGCUGCCCACCCUGUCCACGUGAAGUGCCAACGCCCUCCCCACCCUGGGCCGAGCCCCCAUCCCUCCCUGGGCCCCCAAGUGAGAUUGCACAUUUAACUACUGUAAGGAGAGGAGCGGCGUUGGCAAAUGUGAACCAUGAGAAUAUCAGUGAUACUGAUGAGAAUAAACUAAACGCCUUUGUAACAGC